AUGGGAUUGGACAGAUCAUAUCUUGAGACUUCAGUGUGGAAACCAGACCUUUUCAAGGGUAAGGUUGUCUUCGUCACUGGUGGUGCCGGCACCAUUUGCCGUGGUCAGGCCGAAGCCUUGAUCCUUUUGGGAGCUGAUGCUGCCAUCGUUGGCAGAAACCAGGCCAACACUGACAAGGCCGCUGCUGAGAUGGCUCAAUUGCGUCCUGGCGCCAAGGUGGUGAGCUGUGCUGGUACUGACGUUAGACAGGUGCAGUCUCUUGUCAAGGCAGUGGAGAAGACCGUGAGAGAGUUGGGCAAGAUUGACUAUGUCAUUGCCGGUGCCGCUGGUAACUUUUUGUGUGACUUUAACCACUUGUCAGCCAAUGCUUUCGCUACUGUUGUUGGCAUUGACUUGCUCGGUUCAUACAACACCGUCAAGGCUUGUUUCGACCAGUUGAGAAAGAACAAGGGUUCGAUCCUUUUCGUCAGUGCCACGUUGCAUUACUACGGUAUUCCAUUCCAGGCCCACGUUGGUGCUGCCAAGGCUGGUGUGGACGCUUUAUCGAACGCUUUGGCUGUGGAAUUGGGUCCUUUGGGUAUCAGAAGUAACUGUGUCUCGCCUGGUCCAAUUGCCGAGACUGAGGGAUUCAAGCGUUUGGUGAGAGAGGCCAACGGCUACGAGAAGACAAUUCCAAUCCAGAGAUACGGUACCGUCAGGGACGUUGCCGAUGCCACUGUCUACUUGUUCUCGCCUGCUGCUGACUACGUGACUGGUACUGUUCAGGUUGUCGAUGGUGGUUCGUGGCACAUGGGCUCCAGAGGCUCCCACCACUUGUACCCUCAGGAGAUUGCCAAAUUGAACUCCGAGAACUUGACGAAGCUCUAG